UAUUCGGCUUCAUAUGGGCCGAUACAGCCGAGCGAUUACGAUCAGGGGACUCAGCGACAGGUGGAAACCUGAAGUUCUGUCUUUUUGCGUUUAUGAAAUCCCAAUCGUUGGAUCAGUCCUUGUUCCUACCGAAGUCGGGCCCCACAUUAUUAACGGCCGUCACUGUUAGUUCCGCCCGACGCUCCUUACAGUGGACGCCAAGAUUUGUUCCAAACGCAAAGUUUAUGGCUUUUGAAAUCCGGAAUGGGAGCGCGAGAUUUUGUCCCUCCUACUGCUCCUCCUCGCACGCCUUCCUCCCGCUGCUGCUCUUCCUCCUUCGCUUCCUCUCGGCCUUCCCUUCUGCAAGUCGGCCGGCUUUCCCUCCGCCGUCUACUCGCAAUAUCCCGAACGGCGGCCGCUUGUCCGGCCUCUUCUGCUCCCAGUCCUCUGUGUAGCCCUAGUUCGGCUUCCCCUCCGCUUCCUUCACCUCCUCCGUUUGGUAAUCCCUCCUUCCGUUUGCUCAUUCUGCGCGGCAAAAUGCCGGAGGCCGACGGAGAUGAGUUGUCCAAAGGCACUGAUGGGGUGGGCGAAGUGGAAACUCAGCCGGAGGACGAGACUCAGCAGACACGCACCACUUCUCCUGAUCCUGCUUCUGAUGUGGAUGAAAGCAUGAAUUCAGAUCCACCACAAGGCGAAGCUAACUCCAAAGAAAGUUGUGAUGGAGCUCCGGUGCAAGUAUCCACCUCUAAAUUUGAAGAUAGCGAUUUUGUGCCCAAGAUCGGCUUGGAGUUUGAUGAUAUGGAUGCUGCAGAAAGCUUUUACAAUGCAUAUGCAGGGAGGCAAGGGUUUAAGGUCCGAGUUAGUGGUUGGUAUAGGAAUGUUAAAGGUGUGGUGACACGCAAGGAAUUCAAGUGCUCCAAAGCAGGCUUUCCCAAAGAAAAUACAAAUGCUGUGGUUCGAGUAAGGGGGAGUAGCAGGUGUGGUUGUCCUGCACGCAUGGUUGUGAGGAUGGGGAUGAAUGGGAGACUGCAUAUAUCUGAUUUUGAAGAAAGACACAAUCAUAAGCUUGCAACUCCUACCUAUGGUGAUAAAGAGUCAGCUAUAGCAUCACGAUAUAGCUCUCUAAGUCGUACCUUUUGGAAAAUUGUUUCUAGAGCAGCAGAAACUGAGGAGACAUCCAAGUACCUUGAGAAUCAAGCUAAAUUGAUCGCAGAAACAGUGGAGGGCAUGUUAAUUAAGAGCUGUAGUUUUCCUCAGAUUAGUCCCAGAAAGUCUCUCGUCACUGGAGGAGGUGCUCAACAACAAACUCACGGCUUAUCUGACAUGCAAGAUGCUGUGCUCGAUAACUGUCAAGUGCAAGUAGUAAAUGAAUAUGAGACAUCAACUAUAAGAAAAGGAAGUGGUAUGAAAGUGAAGGAGGCCUCUCGUCAAAGUCGACCAAGGUUUAAAGGUUCGCUUGUGAAAAACCGGAAAAAGAAAAAAGUGGACGGAGCAUCAGUUAGUCCACGUGAGGCCAACUCAAGCGCUUCUCAGAAAGAGAUGAUGGCUUCACCACUGGAGGCAUGUGGGCAGCUAAUUCAACAAGCAGAUAUUGCUUCCUCAAGUUCCAUAGGUGUUCGUGUUCUUCAUCAAAUGGCAUACAGGUCUCCGCUUUCCACAAAAACAGUGUUCGCGUAUGGCCAAGUGAAGCUUAAUGAAUUUGUGAUGGAGGUAGUUAAAAUCAAAUGGUGGUGCUAUACUGUUAUUCAUUGUCCGUGGGAUGGUGUUUACGUCAUUGGAACAGAUAAGAAGAUCCUAAGACGGCCUUCUUUUCCUCUUUUCCCUGUAAAUGAUGUAAGCUAGUCCCGCUGUCCUUUGAGGGCUUAAAUUUGCCGGAUGAAAAUGGGCAUCUUGGCUUUCUUUA